CGUUUUUUUUCCCCUCUUUUUUCAAAAAACUCCACGUAAUUUUAUUGGUUGUAUCGAAAGAGUAGAAAAGUUGACCCGCCAGCCUUUUACCUCACUAAUCAUCACAUCCUUAAAAGUCUUCGCAAAUUAACUUAUUAUUAGCAAUUUAGCAUUACUAUAUUUUCUCCUUCCGCCGUUCUUUUUUUCUAAUUUUCUCCUUCAACGUUCCUUUCCAAAGUCUUCAAUCCGUCUCAUAAAGGUGAUUUGAUACUGUUCACAGUCGAUAACAGGUAAUUGGCUCAACGUCAAUGCCUUCAGUAAUUUCGCCUCAGUGGCAAGAGAAAGCUAAUGGAUUCUUUCAAUCUUCGGGGGUGAAGUUGAAAGAAGCCGGGCAGUCUGCAGGAUCAUUUGUUGGUGAGGUUGCCAAAGAUGCAAAGGGAAAUGUGGGCGAGGUUGCUGAGAAAGUUGGAUCAGCAGUCAAAAGUCGAUGGUCGCUCCUGCAGCAGCCAUCAACAAGACAUGCUAUGCAGGAGCGCUUUAUUACUGCAGCUGCUACAACCAGCUUCUUCUUGAGGAAAGGGUUUUUGGAGACAAAAGAUAAGGUUGCUGUUGGAAAGAUAAAAGUUGAAGAGGUGGCAAAGAAAACUGCAAAGAAAAGCAAGACUUUGCUGACUGAUAUAGAGCGGUGGCAGAAGGGAGUUGCGAGCACUGAUGUGUUCGGAGUCCCCAUUGAUAUCCUGGUGCAGAGGCAACAAUCAACUAGACCUGUUCCUUAUAUCAUGGUGAAAAGUGCAGAUUAUCUUGUCUUAUCAGGGCUGAAUUCACCUGAGUUGUUCAAGGCUGAAGGAGAUAAAAAGGUUAUACAUCAGUUGGUUUCUUUAUACAAUCAAGAUCAAGAUGCACCAAUACCUGAAGGGGUAAAUCCGGUAGUGAUUGCAGCUCUGAUGAAGUGCUACCUUGCAAGUCUACCUGAGCCAUUGACAACCUUCGAGCUUUAUAAUGAAAUAAGAGGUGCACGCUCAAGCAUACACACAAUGAAGAAUAUCUUAAAGAAGCUUCCAACUGUCAACUACAUGACACUGGAAUUGAUCACUGCGCUGCUACUCCGCGUAAGCCAGAAAUCUCUGGUUAACAAGAUGGAUGCUAGAAGCCUUGCAACGGAAAUGGCUCCAAUUCUUAUUUGGCAAAGAGGCCAGAGGCCAGACCAUUAUAACCAGUUCUGGAACCAUUCAGCAAAAACUUCUUCAAAGAAAUAUAUCGACUCCAACUCGAACUCUAGUGCAUGGGAGAUGCUUGCAGAUUUUCGGCUGGGGGAGCCUCCACUUACAAUUCCUUAUUAUAAAUUAAGAGUAGAUGAAGGUGAAAAUGUUGAUGCAUCUUCUCCCAUUCCCUUGGAUGAUGGGCUGCCAAUUGACUUGGGUGCUAUUGAUGCCAUUCAGUGCUUAAUCGAGCAUCACAAUGCCAUAUUUACCGAUGCAAAUGAGACUGUUUGGCGCUGAGUAUUCAAUACGACUCUCAGAUUGGAUAUAUUGCACAUAUAUAAUGAUUUUAUCCAUGCUGAACAUCACACAAAAUGUGGAACUCUUUGUCAUCAUAUUUGAUUUUCUCUUACCAUUUAGGAGUUUGUAUCCGUGGCUUUGUAAAUUUUUGAUUGGGAUAGGCAUAGGUUCAGAACUUGUGUUUAUAGCUCGCUUUUUGGUUAUGGGAUACUUGUUGGGUUGUUAGUGAUGGUAUAAAGCGUAAAUGAUCUUAUGUUCUAUUGAAGGGUUUGUACUUGUAUUGGAGCAUUGCAAGUAUCAAAUAAUAAACAUAGAUCUUUUGCAGUUA